CUGCCUGGGAGUUUAGAGCCGCACAACAAGCCCGAGCUUCGGUAGCAACAACGUCCAGAGCGCCGCUGUCCUCCAACCGCUCCCGGUCGUCCUUUUAACUCAAACCAACUACAGCCACUCAACCAGCGACUGAAAACAGCAGCCAUGAAGGAGCACACGCGGUUUUUCCUUUGGCUGCAACUUUUCACAGCUUGUCUGGUGCUCGGGGUGAACGGUGAUUACUGUGAGGUGAAUGUGUGCAGUAACGGUGGAACCUGUGUGACUGGAGCAGGAGCUCCGUUCAUCUGUAUCUGCCCUGACGGGUUCUCUGGAGAAACCUGCAACGAGACUGAGACUGGGCCCUGCAACCCCAACCCGUGCAAGAAUGACGGCAUCUGCGAGGUGACAGGCCAGUCCCGCCGAGGUGACGUCUUCAGCGAGUACGUCUGCAAGUGCCAGCCGGGCUUUGAUGGAGUCCACUGCCAGAACAGUGUCCAAGGGGCAGAUUUAAGUUCGAAAAAAGACGUGAAUGACUGUGCCGCUCAGCCAUGUGAGAAUGGAGGCACCUGCAGGGACCUGGAUGGAGAUUUCAAAUGCCACUGCCCUUCCCCUUAUGUGGGCAAACAUUGCCAACUGCGCUGUAUUUCUCUGCUCGGCAUGGAGGGAGGGGGCAUCGCUGAAUCCCAGAUCUCAGCCUCAUCGGUCCGUUACAGCCUGCUGGGUCUGCAGCGCUGGGGACCUGAGCUCUCCCGCCUCCACAACAAGGGACUGGUAAACGCCUGGAGUGCUGCUGCACACGACAAGAACCCAUGGAUAGAGAUCAACAUGAGGAGGAAAAUGCGUUUCACUGGUAUCGUGACUCAAGGUGCCAGUCGCAUGGGAACAGCCGAGUUCAUUAAGGCUUUCAAGGUGGCCUCCAGCCUGGACGGCAAGACAUACACCAUGUACAGAACAGACGGACAGAGAAAGGACCAUGUGUUUGUUGGAAAUGUGGACAAUGACGGCACCAAGACCAACCUGUUUGACCCCCCGAUCAUUGCCCAGUACAUCCGCAUCGUCCCUGUGGUGUGUCGUAAGGCCUGCACCCUGCGCAUGGAGCUGGUGGGCUGUGAGCUCAAUGUGUAUUCAAACACUUCAGGUUGUUCAGAGCCGAUGGGCAUGAAGUCCCGACUGGUGUCUGACCGUCAGAUCACAGCCUCCAGCACCUUCCGCACCUGGGGCAUCGAGGCCUUCACCUGGCACCCUCACUACGCCCGGCUGGACAAACAGGGCAAGACAAACGCCUGGACCGCUGCUACCAACAACCGAUCUGAGUGGCUGCAGGUGGACCUGCUGUCUCCCAAGAAGAUCACAGGAAUCAUCACACAGGGGGCCAAAGACUUUGGCUCCAUCCAGUUUGUCAUGGCCUUCAAAGUGGCUCACAGUAAUGAUGGACAGUCCUGGACCAUCGUGGUGGACGAGACCACAAAGGCAGACAAGAUCUUCCCAGGCAACAGCGACAACAACGUCCACAAAAAGAACAUCUUUGAGCCGCCGUUUUACGCCCGAUAUGUCCGCAUUCUGCCGUGGGAGUGGCACGAGCGCAUCACCCUGCGAAUGGAGCUCCUGGGCUGUGACGAGUAGCACCGCCCAGUACCCGCCUCCCUCUUCCUCCUCCUCAUCCUCCUCUCUCUACCUCCUUCCCUCCUUCCUACCUCCUCCUCCCUCCUUUCCUUCUCCCUCCUGAGCCACACCUGCACUGCCUUGCUCUCAGCCCUAGGGGGCAGCAAACACCAGAGUAGCACCUCACCACCCCAACCCUGGCUGGUUGGAGGAGGGAGACGUUACCCCUAACCAUUGUCACCGGUGCCCAGAUCGAGUUAAGCUCACUAGUCCCUUCUUUUUUUCCUUUCCUGAGUUGAUCACUCAUCUUUUCCACCUGAACCAAAUCUGUGAUCACUUCAGGAGACGACAGUAUCUUCUUUGUUACUAAGCUGAGCUGGGGUCAGAUUUUUAUCCCACCUACUGGCUACAUUAAAGGUGGCAAAUCCCUCAUCACUGUGUCAGAGGUCAGGGGUAACAACACUGCUGCUGUAUCAGUUGGUGCUGCCUGGACUCUGAUCCUAGAUCAGUUCUACCUGGAACGAUGAACCUCCAAGACCCACGGCUGGUGAUGUACAUAAGCUCCACCUAACAGCUUGCACACGCCCUAUAUCCAAACACUUGGUCCCCCCUCCCUCCCCCCAAGACACACAGAAUAUAUAUUAUCUUUAGAGGAUACAUUGAUGCUUUUGGUUGAUUAUUUUUCUUAUUGCCACAGUUUUUGUGUUUGUUUAGAAAAAAAUAAUAGACUAAAAAUCUCAAAGUGUCCCUCUGUGUGUGCUACAGUAUUCCCAGUAUUUUCUUGCAGUUCAUGUUUUCUACAGUUUGAACUGCUUCAGAGGGCAACAUUAGAACUUAACAGUAUUCACUUUGGUAAAACAUAUAUGUGUAGUAGCCAAUAACAGGAGUGCAAACAUCCCACUAUUUACAGACCCUUAUUUUUACUGAACCUGUGUGUAAAACUGUGGUCCAGCUUUUACAGAGUAACUCAUUUGGCUGCAUCUGACCAAAUCAGGGUGAAGCUUUGUGCCAACACACCCUCAGGUUUUCGUUUCUGUGGGUUUAUGUAGAAAAAUAUAGUACGGUGCACUAAUGCAGAUCCACAUAAAACAAAAGAGGAAUCGAACACAUUAAAUCUCUGUCACUGUGGGACAUAAGCAGUCAAUGAUUCACCGCUGUCCGUCAGUUUAGCAGCCAAGCAGAUGUGAUCUCAAAGCCAGAGGAGUCGCCCUCGUUGACAGACAGAAUGUUAUAAACAAAGAACAAAAAGAGUUCAAAAUCUCUGUUUAGCGAAAGAGAAAAGAGAAACUUUAUUGCUCUUGAGGAAACAAACAAAUAGCUGUUGACUGAGAUUUACACAUGCUGCCGCCGUGAGCUGGUGUAACAUCUUCAGCCAAAAAAAGCUCAUGUUUGAAGUCUUACAUCAUUUAUUCAGAAAAUUACUUCAACUUUUGGCUGCAAUAUUAUUUACUCGCUUAAUCACAUUUCUUUUUACAUGUGACAGUUGCAGUAUUCAUAUGUUGGCUGCUACAGCAUCGAUUUUCACAAGGUGGUUUAUUUUUCAAAAAAUCACAUUGAUGCUCAGUUUAUAGUUGAUUAGUCUCGUGUUUAACAGUCUGUUUGAAGUGGAAUGAUUAUCAAAGGAAGCUUGUGUCACUGUCUUGAUUUUCAGAACAACUUCAGAGCUGGACACUUCAAAUCCAUUUUUUAUUGCUGACAGGAUUCUUGGAACAACAUGUACUUUAACAUCACGCUAGUGUUGUGCUAUUAAGACAGUAAUAAAUCAGUAACCAUCCAAGUAUUGCGCAUAUUACAUAUUGGUUAACAUCAUAAACCGAGAGUUAAACAGCAAUGUAGAGGCUGCAAGUUUAAAAUUAAUGAUAGACGUCUCAGGUCAAAGCAGAUGUGCUCCUAAUGUACAGCAAAGGCUACUGAAACGCUACUAAUCCACUCACUCUCUCACUCAGCUGUGCUUCUAGUUGUGUUCACCCAGUUUCACUUUUUUUAUGGCACUUUGAUGUUUGUAUUUUGAUAUUUGAAAUAUCGAUCAACCAAAAUGAAAAAAAAAACAAAAAAAAACAGUAUUGUGCAUUGAAGAACAAACUGUAAACAUAUUCAUAUGACAUGUAGAGAUAGAAAAAAAGAAAGAAAAGAAAACAGAUUUGCGGUUCAGUUUCUUUAUUAGAUUAAGCAGAGUUUUGAAAGUCUGGGGGAAUCCCUUGCUUUGGUUGUUAAGUGUUAACAUAUGACAUGCAUAUAUACAGUAUUUUUGUUCUGGAAUCUGUUCAUAGUAGAUGUUAAUAUUUGCUGCAGACCAGUUAUUUAGGGUCCAACAUUACGCCUCCAGUUGAAAGCUGUGGCCCCACUGAUAAGACUGUACGAGAGAAACCAAAUUAAAACUGAUUUUUACGGUUCCACUGGACAUGUGACACGACCCGCCGUAUCAUCUGCUUCUGCCGCCCCCGUCACAGUAUUCUAAACCUUUCCACCCCAUGAAUUAUGAAUUAUGGGCUUGUGCAAUAUUAUACUGUGUUAGUUUUGAUAACAAUGAAUAUUAAUUCAAGAUCCUUAAAAAUGCAUGAGGGGAUAGCGGUGCCACUGAGAGGUCGAGGGUGGAUGCUGGUGUCAAACACUGUACAAUAUUUAUUAUUGUUGCAGACGAUUCCAUAAGCAGUCGCCCCUGUUACCCACGUCUGCAUGCAUUUUAUGAGUGUUGCUCAGUUUAAGUUGAACCGAUCUGAAUUUAUUGACACAUUGGUGACAUAGCUUCAUUUUUCUUAUAGAUGUUCAUUGACAUUUGAACUAUCGUAGAUCUCGUUUCCCCGCCGUUCAGGUUUUCUAUGAUUGAUCAAAAAGAAAAAGACAUUAAUGACAUUGAUGUGUUUUUAUGGUAUUAUAUGAGUUUGUUUCUUGCUAUACUGACUGUUGACCUCAUAGAAUUUUGACUGGAUUUGGAGCUUUUUUUAUUCCAGUAUUGUGUUUCUAAGAGGAUUCCUUUAUGUUUGGCCUUUGUAUCUUAAAAUGAAGAAUAAAUAAAGAAUUAAAAGAACAA